AUGUCGGCGAGCAACGUUCUCGUUUACCUGUUACAUCGAGACUUACGGGUUUCUGACAACCCAAUCCUCCAUUGUCUUGCUAAGUCAACCGACCACGGGUUUACACACUUGCUGCCCGUUUUUGUCUUCCCCGCCCACCAGAUAGAGGUAUCUGGCUUCAUCAAGGAUGGGAGCAAGUCACCCUACCCCGAAGCGAGAGGCGAGGUCGGUGGUUUCUGGCGAUGUGGCCCUUUCCGGGCCAAGUUCAUCGCCCAGUCGGUUUGGAACUUGAAAGAGUCUUUGGAUGGUUUAGAUAGUGGGCUGACGAUACGUGUCGGCAAACCUGCAGACGUGCUGAAGGGCAUGAUUGGCGGCCUCUGCGACAAGGGCUACACGGUGGGAGCUGUGUGGAUGAUGUCCGAAGAGGGAGUUGAAGAGAAGCGCGAUGAGAAGGCUGUUUCCUCUGUCUGUUCGAACGCCGGAGUUGAGUUCAAGGUGUGGAACGAUGAAAAGUAUUUCAUUGAUGAUCGUGAUCUCGAACUGGACAGCGCCCAGGACCUGCCCGAUAUAUUCACCACUUACCGUAAAACAGUUGAGCCGCUAGCAGAGAGGCCAAGACCUGUACUUCCCAAACCACCCAACUCAACCUUACCCAAGUCCCUAUCUGAGUCAGAUGUACCCGCACAAGGAGCGCCAUUUGAGAUACCUUCCGAGUACGACGAGCUGGAAUCGGCGCUUUUGUGUCCCGUCAAAGAUUUCAUUUCCAAUCCUCCUUCAUUCCCGGAAAACAUGGUAUCCGCUCAUCCCUUCAAAGGGGGCGAAACCGAAGCACUCCACCGGCUACACCACAUUGUCGCGUCUGGUGCGGUGUAUGCCUACAAGAACACCCGCAAUGGCCUGAUAGGCACCGACUUCAGCACGAAGCUCUCGGCAUACCUCUCGCAAGGCUGUAUAACUGCCCGUCAGAUCCACGAAGCGCUUACCGCAUAUGAAGAUGGAAAGAAUGACGAAUACGCUGAUGCUGAAGGCUAUGGAAAAGGCGAGAACGACGGCACAAAGGCCGUGCGAUUUGAACUGCUUUGGAGAGACUACAUGCGGCUGUGUGCUAAAAAGUUCACUUAUAAGCUGUUUCGUCGAUCUGGGUUUCGCGACGACAGCAGUCCCAAAUGGAAGACGUCAAACCCAGAAGACGUUCAGGAAGAUCAGUCGCAAUCCGCAGAUGACGUUGACAAGAUAUUGAAACGGAUUUUCGCAGGAACAACUGGCAUGGGGCUCAUCGAUGCGUCGCAGCGCGAACUCAUCCACACUGGGUACACAUCUAAUCGUGCUCGUCAGAAUGUUGCCAGUUUCAUUGCCAAGCAUCUAGGUAUUGAUUGGCGGUUCGGUGCUGAGUGGUACGAAAUGCUUCUCGUCGACUACGAUGUUUGCUCAAACUGGGCCAAUUGGCAGUAUGUCUCUGGUGUGGGCAAUGAUCCUCGUGGGGAGGCCAGAAUUUUCAAUCCCGUCAAACAAGCUUUUGACUAUGACAAGGAGGGUGAAUAUGUGCGCGGUUGGGUACCAGAGGUCCGCAAGCUAGAGAAGCUUGAGAAUGUCUUUCAGGCGUGGACCACUCCCAAGGAGGACUGGGACCGAUUCGGUCUGACGGGCCUGUCUAUGGCUGAGGAACCGAUCAAGAAAAUUGACUUUUCCGUGGAUGGUAAGCCCAAGAACGCGAAGCGACCAUUCGACCGACGCCGUAAGAAUGGAAUGAUACGCAGUGGUACCAAUGUGACUACCAUGUUGAACACCACCACCAACACGCUUCACGUCAACGAUGACAUGGCUAAAAGCACGAACGGUCAACAACACUCGCCUCAGCAAUAUUCACAGUUCAGCGCUCCGGAAAGCCCGCGUGGGGCUUCCCGAGGUGGUCGGGGCAAUGGAGGUGGUGGAUACCGCGGGCGAGGAUAUGGAAGGUCAAGAGGCGGUUAUAGGGCCGGCCGAAGCCAGUAUCAGGGCCAACACGACUAUGCUGUUCAAAGGCCAAUAUCUAUGCCAUGGACUCCGACCCAGCCUGGAACAUAG